UUGAACAUAUGAGAUGACUUGAAGGAUUGAUAUAUAAUUUAGACAAAGCAUUAUCACAUUUCACAACUUGGAACUAACAAAACAGGUGUUUCAACUUUCCAUAUUUCUCGUAUACUUAUCUCACCUUCUUUCUGAUCCAUUGGGAAACCUACCCAUCAAUAAAUACCCCAAACCCCAUUUACUUUCUUUCUUUUCCUUUGCAUGCAUUUACCACCACAAAACGAAAUCACAGUUCAACAAAAACCCAUCAAUUUCUCCAUACCAAAAAGACCGAGUUUUCAUUUUCAUUUUCCUUCUGAAGACAACCAAAGAGAAACAAACUCAGCCUAGUCCUUGGAUCCAGCAAAAAGGACAUUCCCAUUGCAGAAACAUGUCAGGUGGUAUUGGUGCAACUGCCUGUGACAUUAGCCUCCCAAAAGAAGAGGAAAUUGAUUACAAAGAAGAAGAAGACAAACCAGCCAAAACAUUCAACAAAUCCACCCCACAAAACAAAGUGGGUUUUCUCUCAUUCACUCAGCUCAAUUCCCUUGCAGUGGUAAUUAUCUUAUCUGCCAGUGGCAUGGUGAGUCCUGAAGACUUUGCCUUUGUGUUCUUCUCCCUAUUUUACAUGUACUUCAUAUCCAAGGUGGCUUUUCCCACUCUUAACCCUUCAAAAGAUCCUCAAGUUUUCAACCCCCAAAGCAAGCUCCUUCAACUUUAUGCACUCACAGGUGCCACCAUUGGCCUUUUCACUCCAAUAGCCUAUAUAUUAGAGGGUGUUUUUGAGGGUGACAAAGAAGGGAUCAAAGCAGCAACACCCCAUGUUUUUCUCUUGGCCAGCCAAGUUUUCAUGGAAGGUGUGGCCACUUCACAAAAAUUUUCUGCUCCAAUUAGAGCCCUUGUUCCUGCAUUCUACAACGCAAGAAGGAUUUUCACCAUUGUGGAUUGGGUUAGGAGUGAGGUGUACAAGAUGAAUCAGGAGCACAGUGGAUCUGCUUGGAGGGUCACUGUUGGAAGAGCACUUGCUGUGACUAACAUGGCUUUUUGGUCUUUCAAUCUGUUUGGAUUCAUGUUGCCACUCUAUAUUCCUAAAGUUUUGAAGGCUUAUUACACACAGAACAAUGACAAAGAGCAAUGAAGAUGCAUUUAGUUUUGAUGUAUAAGGUCUUGAACCACAACUUACCAGCUUUUGCUUUAUAAUUUUUACAGACUCAAAAAUGUAUUUGUAGAGACAUAUAUAUUAUGUAUACUUCCUAUUUCUUUUCUUUUCUUUUCUUUUUCCUUUUGCAGUAGACAUUCAUUUUAAGUAAAAAGGGAUAAGGUGUGGAAUGAAAAUUAAAUUAAAAACUAUAAUUUAUUCCUCACAUUACACAAACACAAACACUAAUUAAUAUAUUUUUUUAAGUUAAUGAAAUAAAGUUUGUAUUAUUUAUGAAGCCGUUAAGUAUUUUACUUAUCAUGGCCAAAAGGGUUGAGAAAAAUAAUUUAAGUUGAAUUCAUUAUAGAAGACCAGACAAUUACCCCAGACUUCAAUAACCAUCAAAGUAGACAUGCUCAUAGCUUCUUCCUGCACCUCUAUACAUUUCAAUUUGCACCAAUGGAUUAGUGAAUUGGUUUAUUUAUCUUUAUUUUAUUCUUCUUCUACAUUUCAAUUUGUACCAAUGGAUUAGUGAAUUGGUUUAUUUAUCUUUAUUUUCUUCUUCUUCUUCCCUCCACCGCUCCAUCCAUUUUUGUUUCAGACGGAACACUUUAUCAUUGUCAGGAACUCUGAAAUUGGUUUAUUUUGUAUACAAGAUUGUGCAUUCUAGAAGUCAAACUGAAAAUUCUAAGAAGUAAAAUUGAAAUUUUAAGAAAGUUGAAAUUAUGGAGGUAUGGGAAGAAACUGCUUAAUUAAGUUUUGUAUACAUUUUAUAUUCUUCAGAGUUCAUGCUCAUGCUGUUAAAUUUAUGUUAACCGAGUCUUUGUCACAUGGUUUAGUUGUGGCCUCAUCCGAUGUUAUUUUAUAAAUUUAUAUUUUUUUAAUUUUUUUAUGAAAGAAUUAAACUCUUAUUUUAUAAAUUUAUAAUUUUUUAAUUUUUUUAAUGAAAUAAUUAAACUUCUAUUUUAUAAAUCUAUAAUAUUAUUUAAUAAAAAAAAACUCAAAUUUCACUCCUUGUAAAUGCACAUUGCACAGCAUAGAAAAAUAAAAGAUAAAAUAUAAUAACUGAACCAAAAAACUGAUUCUACAAGCGUAGAUGAAGACUGAACCAAAAAGCUGAAUCUACGAGCAAAAACACCUAAAAUAAUUCUCAUAGUAAGGUUGGUGAAAGAAUUUUUUUAUUGAAGAGAUUCGAGCGAGAUU